AAUUUCGAGAAGAAAAUUUUAAUUGCGAAAUUAUUGGCUUUGAGAAGCCAAAUAAAUUUCUUGAGCAAUGACGAUUCUUUAAGAGAAUCGAUAGAAGUUCUUAGUACCCAGCACAUUCGCCUUAAAAAAAUAGCAGACUUGAACGUUUAAUUCUGUUAUGUAUAAUAAAGGACCUUGGGAUGCCGAUUAAAUUAUGUUGGAAAAAGCAACGCAAAAAUCAAUUUUGGGAACACGAUUGCCAACGAAAUGGAUCCGUUUUUUUUUUUAAUGAAAACUUUCGCAUGAACCGUAGUUCAUUUAAAAAACUACAGAAAAGCUGUUCCGCUCGAGAAAAGAGUGGCUAUAGCAAUAUUUGCUUUAGGCUCAUAUGCGGAGUAUCGGAGUAUCGCUAAUAUGUUCGGAAUAGGUAAAUCUACGGUUUGCGAAAUUUUGCUGGAAUUUUGCACCGAAAUCUGGAGAUUACAGCACCCAUCCUGCUUCAAAAUGCUGCCACUAAAUAGAGAAAGCAUAACAGAAUUGGUGACUGGUUUCGAGGUACUUGGAUUCCCACAAUGCUUAGGAGCAAUUGACGGAUGCCACAUUGAGGUUCACCCAUCAUCUGAAGAUGCUGUCGAUUAUUAUAAUUACAAAGGAUGGUAUUCCACCGUUUUAUUGGCAUUAGUUGAUGCUAAAUACCGUUUUAUUUACAUAAACGUUGGGAGUCCCGGGCGAUGUAAUGACUCUCAAAUAUAUGAGAAGUCGUCACUUAAGCGAGAAAUGCAGAAUUGUCCUUUACUAAUUGAAAUGUCUCGUGAGAUUUCAGGCGUAGAUGUGCCAAUUUUUAUAAUUGGGGAUUCGGCUUUUCAAUUUAGCAAACAAAUAAUGAAACCGUAUCCAUUUAGCGUAAAUCAAAAUCAUCGUGAGAAGGUAUUCAACUACGCUCUUUCGAAAACACGUAGAGUUGUCGAAAAUGCCUUUGGACACCUCAAAGCCCGCUUUCGACGAAUUGGAAAAGGAAUUGACAACUCUGUACGUAAUGCCAAUUUAAUAAUAAAAGCCUGUUGCGUCUUUCACAAUUUUUUAAAUGAAAACAACGAUACUUUAAACGCUAAAUGGUUACACGCUUUGGAAGAGUUGGAGACUAGACGCCAAAAUCCGAGUCAUGUUUCAUAUGCGUCUGACGACCCAACUAACGGAGAAACUCUACGGGCAGCACUUUAUACAUAUUUUGGCAAGUAAAAAUAAUUUUAAGUAUAAUUUAUCAGGCUGAACUCAUUUAAGGCGGCAGCAACCAUAUUCCAAAAAUAAAACACAUUCAUUUACUUUUUAUUUUUUUAGCAAAUCAAGAAGUGUUUUAUUUAUUUCUUUCGUAUCCUUCACAAAUUCUUCAAUUAAUUUUGUUUUUUUUUAUUAUCGUUUUCUACUAAAUUUCUGUCAUUUUUAAAAAUUUGUCAUUGCUUAUAUUAAAGUCUUCAUUUGUUUUCUUAAUUUCUUUCUCAAUAUUUUCUAAUUUUUUUAUUAUUAAACUUUGAAAAUUAUUGCUGAGGGCGAAGGAUUGCAAACAGGUGAUGGCAGUGGAGAUGCAGCAACAAAUGUUGAAUAAGCAGCCGUUUCCACCGAAAUUUCCAUCGGUUCGGAGUUCGUAGAACCUUUUUAAAAAUGUAUAUAUAUAUGUAAAUAUAAAUAAUAUAUUCAAUAAAAAACACAUGUCUCUUACUUUGAAAGCUUUCCUCCACUAAGCCCUCUGUGUUGUAGCUUUUAUAUGGCGACAGUAUUGCGCGAGGGGGAACCGCCAGUUGAACCGACUGCUGUUUUCUCCUUCCUAUAAAACAUAAUAAUAUAUAAAGCGUUAAUAUUUAUUCAAUAUUGUUUAAUAUUUAUUUUUACUCAAUUUUAUUUACCUAAAUCUUUGCGACAGAUUGUGCAUCUUCGUUUUUAUUUCUGCCGCCGUGAAGGUGACACCUUGCUGCUGCAGCUCCACUGCCAUUUCCUCCAGAAUGUGGCUACUUUUCCUUGGCCCUCGAAGCGCACCAACUUUUUCUUCCCACAAUUCUAUUAAUAUGGCUUCUCCCCUCACAGUCCACGAAUUCCGUUUUUAUAGACUUUUUUCUCCAUUUGAAUGUAACCAACUUCACAGUAUGUAAACAAAUUUACAGAGUGUAAACAAAUGGUCAAGUGACAUUUAGGGCUGGCGAAAUAUGUCUUCCAAUAAUAUCGAUUAAACUAGAGCAGGCACUGAUUAUAAUGAGCGGGAUGUAAGUUUUCAAGGGGUUUUCAGUGAAAACUGUGCUUUCGUUUGACAGAUUUUGUAUGGUUGAAAACACAAGUUUUCGCGUGAAAACCUCUUUUGUAGAUGAAAACACGAAUUUCGUGUCGGUGCGAACAUAGUAUUACACAUUGACCGAUAUUUUUGGUAAAAAGUCAACUAUACGCAUAUUCAUAUGUAGGGCCUUGAACAGUUUUCGUUCGAUUCAGACAAUUUUUGAUCACAAGAUGGCAUACUUUAAACGCAUUAUUCAC